CUGGAUAUGUGGUGGAUGACAUGUUGCCUAUCUCCACAACUGACUCUCCAUCUUACAGAUAGAUCCUUGGGGAAAAGACUGGUCACAGGCAACAGAAGACCCUCAGAGUAGAAGAGACAGACCAGUCCUACUUUGAAAAGUUUCCCACCAGCUGAGGUUGUGAGGAAGCAGCCACCUGCUUCAGUGCCCUCCCUCUACUGCUCCGACAUCUGGCAGACGAGGCAGAGAGGCGAAAGAGACACACACUACUCAACAGCCUCGACAGAAGAUCAACAGACUGGCUGCACCGCUCUGACACCAGACAGAAAUACAGUGCUGCAGGUGUGACAACAAAUGGAGCCAAAUCUAACAGACAGUGUAGAGAGCAACUCUACCAUCUGUCAAUCCAUUGAUGACUUCCGUAAUCAGGUUUACUCCACAUCCUACUCCCUCAUCACUGUGUUGGGCCUGGUAGGGAACGGCUUUGCCCUGUUGGUGCUGAUCAGAACGCACCGCCAGAGCUCACCUUUUCAUGUCUACAUGCUGAACUUGGCUGUGUCUGACCUGCUGUGUGUCAUGACCCUGCCGCUGAGAGUUUACUACUAUGUCAACAAGGGUGAAUGGAAGCUGGGGGAUUUCCUGUGUCGCAUCAGUUCCUACGCCCUCUAUGUAAACCUCUACUGCAGUAUCUACUUCAUGGCCGCCAUGUCCGUCACACGGUUCUUGGCCAUUGUGUUCCCUGUGCAGAACAUGCGGCUGAUGACAGAGAAUCGUGCCCGUCUGGUGUGUGUGGGUGUCUGGGUGUUAAUCUGUCUCUCAUCCUCACCCUUCCUGAUGGGUGGCCAGGAUUUUGAUGACAAAACAAAUAAAACCAAGUGCUUUGAGCCCCCAGACGAAAAAAAAGAUAUGCAGAAACUAGUUGUGCUGAACUAUUUGUCUCUAGUGAUGGGCUUUUCCCUGCCUUUCCUGGUUAUCCUGAUCUGCUAUGCUGGCAUAGUCCGCGCCCUGCUGUCCCGCACCAAUGCUGCCCGACGCCAGCGAGACACAGGCACCAAAGCCAUCCGAAUGAUUGUCAUUGUCCUGCUGACCUUCCUAAUCAGCUUCAUGCCAUACCACGUGCAGCGAACCAUCCACCUGAACUUCCUGUCUCGGCAAGACACCACCUGCUCAGAGCGGAUUGCUAUGCAGAAGUCUGUUGUGGUAACACUGUGCCUGGCUGCUGCCAAUUCAUGCUUUGAUCCACUGCUUUAUUUUUUCUCUGGAGAGGGUUUCCGCAGUCGCUUGACCUCCUUGCGCCAGUCAGUGAGGGCCAGCACUGUGCACCAUGUAGCCAGGAUAAAGCCUGUUACAGACUCAGAGCCUGGGGAAAACCACCAGCUGAAGGCCAGUUAGUUCACGGCAGGCAGGAUGGUCAUCAGACAAGCAGCUUAGGAUAUCUUUAAAGAGCUCAGGAUGGCAUGUGCAGGGAAGGAGUUGAGAGAAAGAUUAGAGGAGGAUGAAAGGCAAAAAAAAAUGUUUUAAUUAAUUAGGGCUGGUUUACAAAUGAACAGAGUAUUUAAACAUUUAAAGGUCCAGCGUGUAGGAUUUAGUGGCAUCUAUUGGCAUAGAUAGAAUAGAAUACAAUAUUCAUAAUUAUAUUUAAUUACCUGGAAUCAAAAAUCGUGUUUCUUUAUCUUAGAACGAGCCAUUUACACCUGCAUAGGGGGCUCAAGAGAGCCUUUUGUGAUUUUACAUUGAAGUGGCAGCUCAGAGGCCAUCGUAGGUUCUCCUACACACUUGGAAAGGGAGAGAUAACCGAAGGUAUUCAGUUGGUUGCAAUCUGCAACCUCACUACUAGAUGCCACUGACUCAUACACACUGGUCCUUUAAGUUACAAAUCUCAGGAGAAUGUUUUCCAUUUAAAUUGAUAUUUAUUAUCCUAAAGGAUGCAUAGUGUUAGUUAGUUAAAUGAUUCUGCAUUAUAUUAUGGCAGCAACCAAUUACAAAUAUAAAUAUGCAGUAUAUCAGUGUAUGAAUGUAUGUCUUGUUUGAAUCGAUGUCUUUUUAUUGAACCUGCAUAUGAAUGUUUAUGAAGAAGGGCUACACUCUGCUGUCUACUGUAGACUUUUGCUUUUCUAAACUAUUCUUCUUCUCCUUAUUUUUCUAUCACUGUUUUUUUUUAAGUAUUUUGUUAAUUAAACUUGUUAUGCUUGUUAUGCAAAAAACUUUUACUCAAUUUGGAUUCACAUUUGUCGAUUUUGAGCUGUUGAUUUUUAACAUUUGUGUGCAUCUUUUUUGUUAAAUUAUGAUGAUGGUAAAUUAAUAGUUUUGUACGCUGUACACUUUGCAAAAAUAUGCGUCAAUGCUGUCAUCCUAAGAGUUAGAUGAGAAGAUGGAUACCAUCCUCAUAACAGACUGUAAACAAGGGGAGACAGCUUGCCUGGCUCUGUCCAAAUGUAACAAAACCUGCCUACAAGCACUUGAAAAGCUCUGAAUAGCACGUUGUACACAAUUUGUUUAAGCCAUACAAUUUAUGAUUUGUUUCCCCCUGUUUACAGUCUUUGAUAUGCUGCUGUAUUCCUGUUGUAUGCAAACUACAUUUCAUAUUAUGUAUGGUAACUGCAUCCAGUGCAUGUCAGUUCACACUAUUUCAAACUGAAAAUACUCAACUGAAAGUAAAAGUCCUGCAUUUAAAAACUUACUGAAGUAAAAUUAUAUAAGUAGCAAAAUGUACUUUAAGUAUGAAAAGUAAAAGUAUUCAUUGUGCAGUAAAAUGUUCCCUGUCAGUGUUUUA